AGGGCGCUGUUCAAAUUGUCGUCAUCCGCCGGACCAGUUAGUAAACAACAGCCUCAGUUUAAAGACGCUAGGCUAGCUACUGUGUGUCGUUUCUACGUCUGGUUAACAAUUUACAUGUAGUUCAUUUAUUUAUUUACUAAUGUAGUGCACAGAUAAAUAAUUCCGUUUGUGAUGAAGAUUGAUAUCUGUGUUCUAGCAGGAUGAUUUCGCAGGUCUUCGUCUUGUCCUCCAAAGGCGACCGCCUCGUCUACAAAGACUUCCGAGGAAACGCCGGAAGUGACCUCGUCAGCGGCUUUUAUGAGAAAGUGACGGCGCUGACCGGCGACCAGCCGCCGGUUGUCAUGAAACACAAAGAGGGCCACUUUGUCCACGUCCGGCAGGGCGGACUCUACUUGGUUGCCACGACAACAGCAGACUCCUCCCCCUUCGCGGUCAUUGAGUUCCUGAACAGGUUCGCUGCCCUGGUGAAAGAUUACUGCGGCGGCCUGUCGGAGAAGUCGGUGCAGAUGAACUUUGCGCUCAUCUACGAACUUCUGGACGAGAUGGUGGAUUACGGUCACGUCCAGUCCACGUCCUCUGACGUCCUGAAGAACUUCAUCCAGACGGAGGCGGUCUCGCCGCGACCCUUCAGCCUCUUCGACCUCGCCAACGUGGGCCUGUUCGGUGCUGACACCCAGCAGAGCAAAGUGGCGCCGAGUUCUGCCGCCACAAGGCCGAUACAGGGAGGGAAGAGUGAGAUAUUUGUGGACGUCAUCGAGAGGAUGACGGUGGUGAUCGGCGCCAACGGCGUGCUGAUGAAGGUGGACGUGCAGGGCGAGGUCAAGGUCAAGUGCUUCCUGCCCAGCUGCUCAGAGAUCCGCAUCGGCCUCAACGAGGACUUGAGUGUCGGCCCCUCGCAACUCCGAGGUUACGGCACGACGGUCCGAGUCGAUCAGUGCAGCUUCCACCCGGCGGUCCGACUGGAAGAGUUCGACAGUCACCGGAUCCUGCGACUCAGCCCGAGCCAGGGCGAGCAAAGCGUCAUGCAGUACCAGCUGGCCGACCAUCUUCCCUCCGCCCCGCCCUUUCGCCUCUUUCCCGCCAUCGAGAAGGACAGCGGCGGCAGGCUGCUGAUGUACUUGAAGCUACGCUGCGACCUGCCACCUAAAAGUGCCGCCGUCAACGUGGGCGCCACCAUACGGGUCCCUAAAGGCUGCGUCAGCAUGUCGCAGGAGCUCAGCAGUCCGGACCAGAGCGCGGAGCUGAGUCCGCAGAGCCGAGCCGUGCUCUGGACCAUCCCGCGCUUCCAGGGAGGGACGCAGCUCUCCGCCCUGUUCAAGCUGGACGUCCCCGCCCUAAGCUCCGCCUCCAUGAUGGAGGUCGGCCCGGUGGGUCUGAGCUUCGAGCUGCCCAAGACCACCGCCACCGGCCUCCACGUCCGCUUCCUGCGCCUGUCGCCCGUCCAGCCCGGCCCCGCCCAGCGCUGGGUCCGCUACGUCACGCACUCGGACUCGUACACCAUCCGCGUUUGAGUUACCGACGCGUUCUCCACACAGCGCCACCCACCGGCCCCGCCCGGGAAUUCGCCUCUGCGGCCAUUACGUCACGUGACGUCAGCAUGGGAAUCAGCACCUCCAAGUCCGACUCCGUGGUUCUCGCCCGGAAAAGGGUGAAGUUUUUGAUUGAUUGAAACUUUUAUUAGUAGAUUGCACAGUACAGUACGUAUUCCGUACAAUUGACUACUAAAUGGUAACACCCGAAUAAGUUUUUCAACUUCUAUCUUCUUGUCAACAAACGGGGUAUUGUUUGGAUGGCAAGUUUGUCAUAUCAAUCCUUGAUUUGUUGUUCAAUAUUCUUUUCACCGGAUUGUUUUACCUUUACUUAAAGAGAUUAAAUGUGCUUCCACGACUGUCAUAUCUUCUUGUCAACAAACGGGGGAUUGUUUGGAUGGCAAGUUUGUGUGGAGGGUGGGGUUAGGUUUGGUUGAUAUCAGUACUUCAGUCAUCAACAAUUGCAUCAUCUGAGAAAUGGACAUUGAAACAGUGUAGGACUGACUUGGUAGGGUAUGUACAGUGAGCAGUGAACGUAGUGAGUUCAGAAAGCAUAAGAACAAGUAUAUACAUUUGAUUAUUUACAAUCCGGGGAGGUGGGAUGUGGAGGGGGGAGGGUGUUAGUCCAGGGUUGAAGUUGAGUGCCAUCUCCGGGUUGGGGAGGAGAUCUUGCCCCAAGUGGAGGAGUUCAAGUACCUCGGAGUCUUGUUCACGAGUGAGGGAAGAGUGGAUCGUGUGAUCGACAGGCGGAUCGGUGCGGCGUCUUCAGUAAUGCGGAUGCUGUAUCGAUCCGUUGUGGUGAAGAAGGAGCUGAGCCGGAAGGCAAAGCUCUCAAUUUACCUGGUCGAUCUACGUUCCCAUCCUCACCUAUGGUCAUGAGCUUUGGGUUAUGACCGAAAGGACAAGAUCACGGGUACAAGCGGCCGAAAUGAGUUUCCUCCGCCGGGUGGCGGGUCUCUCCCUUAGAGAUAGGGUGAGAAGCUCUGUCAUCCGGGGGGAGCUCAAAGUAAAGCCGCUGCUCCUCCACAUGGCAAACUUGCCAACCCUCACAAAUUUUCCGGGAGACUCCGGAAUUUCAGUGCCUCUCCCGAAAAUCUCCCGGGACCACCAUUCUCCCGAAUUUCUCCCGAUUUCCAGCCAGACUUAAGGCACGCCCCCUCCAGGUCCAUGCGGACCUGAGUGAGGACAGCCUGUAUCACGUCCGCUUGGCCAACCAAAAAGUAACCACAGAACACUAGUGUUCUGUGGUUUGGUUGAUAUCAACACUUCAGUCAUCAACAAUUGCAUCAUCAGAGAAAUGGACAUUGAAACAGUGUAGGUCUGACUUGGUAGGAUAUGUACAGCGAGUAGUGGACAUAGAGAGAGAGAUCAGAAAGCAUAAGAACAAGUAUCUACAUUUGAUUAUUUACAAUCCGGGGAGGUGGGAUGUGGAAGGGGGAGGGUGUUAGUUUAGGGUUGAAGUUGCCUGGAGGUGUUCUUUUAGUGCGGUUUUGAAGGAGGAUAGAGAUGCCCUUUCUAUUACACCUGUUGGGAGUGCAUUCCACAUUGAUGUGGCAUAGAAGGAGAAUGAGUUUAGACCUUUGUUAGAUGGGAAUCUGGGUUUAACGUGGUUAGUGGAGCUCCCCCUGGUGUUGUGGUUAUGGCGGUCAUUUAUGUUAAGGAAGUAGUUUGACAUGUACUUCGGUAUCGGGGAGGUGUAGCGGAUUUUAUAGACUAGGCUCAGUGGUUCUUAACCUGGGUUCGAUGGAACCCUAGGGGUUCGGUGAGUCGGGCUCAGGGGUUCGGCGGAGGUCAAGACACACCCGACUCAUCGUGUAAAUAAAAACUUCUCCCUAUCGGCGUAUUACGGUUACGGCAACAGCAGAAGUCAGACUGAUUUGCAGGUGUGUAAUUUGUUGUGAGUUUAUGCACUGUGUUGGUUGUGUUGUUUGAACAAGGUGAUGUUCAUGCACGCUUCAUUUUGUGCACCAGUCAAAAAAACAUGGUAACACUUUAGUAUGGGGAACAUAUUCACCAUUAAUUAGUUGCUUAUUAACAUGCAAAUUAGUAACAUAUUGGCUCUUCUCUAGUCAUUAUUAAGUACUUAUUAAUGCCUUAUUCUGCAUGGUGUUAUUAUAACCCUAACCCUCGAACCCUGGCCCUAACCCUCUAACCCUAACCAAAUAACUCUAAAUUAAGUAUUUGUUACUUAGAAUAUGUUCCCCAUACUAAAGUGUUACCAAAAACAUAUAACUUUGUCUUGAAUUUGAAAAAAAUUAAAUAAAAUAACUUUUCACUAAAGAAGGGUUCUGUGAAUGCGCA